AUGAACAGGACGAGUAAUGUUGAGCCAGAUGAAGAAAUCGCAUGGAGCUAUUGUGCAGCAUAUUUUGACAACGCAUUCGAGUCGGUCAUGGGUGUUGUGUACCGCCCUGACUUUGAGGCUCGUCUUCGGAGUCAUUUUCAACAACGAGCACCUCAAUGGACCGGAGAUGUCGCUUGGUACGCCCUUCGUAACAUUAUGUAUGCUGCAGUGUCCCGUCAAUUGCUGCUUGAAGAUGAUUCAAUCCCCUUUGCCGACGCACACGCACGGUCGUCCCAAUAUUUUGAGAAUGUUCUUGCAGCCUAUACCGAGCUUCUUUUCAGCUGCUCAAGUCUGGACGCUGUUCGCGCACUUAUCGCGCUAGCCUUUUAUUUAGAAGCUACAGCCAAUGGAGGUUCUGAGCAUAUGGUGUGUGCGACUGUAGUGCGCCUCGUACAGGCGAAAGGACUCCAUCAACAGCCUUCAAAGAUUCUGAACCUUCCCGAGGUCGAGGUGCUGCAUCGCAAUUGGUUGUUUUGGGCGAUCUACUGCUGUGAAAAGCUGAUAUCUUUUCGCUCAGACCGGCCCUCGGCCAUCGACGACAGCAAUAUUAGCUGCGAGAUACCCAAAGUUGCUCCCCCUGGAAGUACCAUCAAUGUUCAGCAGCUUACUCAUAUGAUCAAGGCUGCUCUGCUGAGUCAAAGGAUAUCCCACCAGUUGUGUUCUGUUGUGGCAUUUCGUCGAAAUCCCUCGGAUCUAAUGAAGUUGGCCGACGAGUUAUAUGGGGAAGUCGAGGCUUGGAAAGAAAACGUAAAAGACUUUCCACCACCGGGUAAGGCUCCACAGGCCGGUGUGGAACACCCAAAUCGUUCUCCUUUGCAUAUGCUUAACCUUCAAUACAUGUAUUACGCCGCAAUACAGUCAGUUUAUGCCAUAUUCGGCUCUCCCUGGAUCAGCAGCAUUCUAGGCAUGGAUAAAAAUCCGUUCUACCGGGAAGUAGCUUCCACCAAGGCUAGCAAGGUAGUUGAUGCCGCACGAAGUCUGAUCAUGGCCACGCGGUCUCUAAGACUUACCGUUGCUGUGCCUCAGUGGGCCUCAUUCUACUUUCCCAUGUCGGGCCUUAUCAACUUGUUCAUUCACAUACUUAGCCAUCCGACACUACCUUCCACUGAUGCAGACCUGGCGCUACUCGACAUUGCCACUGCGCUUUUCAGUCACAUUGAGUUCCUGGCUUCUUCAGAUAUUGGUUUCUCAUUCGCACGACAACUUGUUAGAAUACCCAGAUCAACAGUGGAUAACUACAAUGACAACCUCGCUGCUGAGGCUGCCACGCCUCUGUGGAGUGCCCGAGAACAAAUCAUUCCAGAGCAACUGGAUUACUCUCGAGUAAGUCGAACUCCUGUGUUGCACUUGGAUAUCCAUGUUCAUUAG